AUGCCUGACGUGAGUUUUUAAAAUAUUUUUUGCAAAAUUUGUUUCAAAAAAUUGUUGCGAACGAACGAAAUCUGGUAACAGUACUUUGAGUGCGGCUGGAGGGAACCGGUUGAUCCGCUUCAUUCCACGGUAUUCGUGUUCGACGGUCAUCCGAUCGUUCGGCAAUGAAUGAAUACACAUUUUGGAUAAACUACAUUCGAGUCAUCAGAAUUGAUCUGAAACCUGACGAGUUUUCCUCUUUGCGAACAUCCGAAGGUUCUGGAAUCAAUCAAUCCUCCUCAUAUUCUGUGUCCCAUAUCCAAUUGUCGGAGAUCCCUAUCGGUUUCCCUCAGUCUGCAAACGUGUCAGAGACGGAAUCGAAUCACAUUCCCAUACUUUCAAACUUUGUCCUUUCUGUUCUUUUUUCUGUUUGUUUUAUCAAUUUCGUCCUUAUCACGGCUGAAAUGUUGCCAAAAAACCUUCCGAUUUGCUUUGAUCUCACCGACAUCCCACAUCGACAAAAACGCUUUUUUCGACUGGCCAUUCUGAUCGCAGCGGGACACGAAGAAAAGAAUUUUCCAAUCUUUUUCUUGUGGAGGAACGAGAAACAAAACAUGGAGGACCGGGGUAUAAAGCCCGCUCAAAACUUUUGUGAAAGCUUGGUUUUCGUGGUGAAUGCCUCAACCGGACAUGUCUACUCUGUAUCAUUCUAAACGACAUCCGAAAAGUUUGAUAAUUGUGAGAAGUCCGUCGGUUACAGUGGUGAGCACGUUCCCUCCCAUCUACCGUACUCAUAUUUUCACAAAACAUUCCCCUGUCCUUUAUCGAUUCAGUGCAACUACAAUCGUUCGAAAGAAACACCUACUUUUAUGGGUGGUAUUGGUAUUUUUAGAGUGAAAAGAAAGUGAUAGUAGUUAGUGUUGUUUUGUUCUCCCUCUGUAUCUGCAUCUCUUCCCCUUCACUUUGAUUUCUCGCCGUCGUCGAUCGAAUCGUCAGUGAUAGGGGCGGCGGCAGCACGUGGCAAUAAGCAGGAAAAAAGACGAAGGCAACCGAAGACGACUUUUUCUUCUGCUUCGUCCUCGUCUUCUUCUUCUUCCAUCCGUCCGUCUGCCCGUCCGUCUCUCCAGACGAUGUGUCUUUCAUUCGACUCGUUUCAGUCCUGCUUCUUAUUUUCCACACCCUCAACGGUAAAUUGGUCACUUUUCGAAAUGUUCGCUUCUUUCGUAACAUGCUGACCACCACGUGCGAUCUCUGUUUUUUGGUUCGGUAGUUCGGUGGCGAUGUUUUGAAGAAAGACGAAAAUAGCUAACGGAUUACGGGCAGAUUACGGUACCAGCCGACGGAGAUAUUCCGAGUUACGAGGCGUUUGAAACUGCUCUUUGAGUCAUUCAAUAAAAUUUGUUCAUUCUUUACAAAUAAAUCAUUUCAAUUCCAUUUCAGUCUAUUACGAACAGUGGCCGUCCGCCGGCGCCACCCAGCUCUUCCAGCUCUGCUACGUCAUCAUCCACUGCAACUUUUGGUGAGUUUGUUAGGGGGAAAGGUCAGCCCACGCAAUGAUUCUGUUCAAGGGGACUGAGAGAGUGCGUCGAGAGGAUUAUGAAGCAGGCGAAUAUUUGAACUGUUUCUUUCAAAGAGAGAGAGAGAGCGCGAGCGAGAGAGAGAACAGGGAGAUGGAGAAGGGGUGGACCUAUUAAGAAAAAUAGUAAUUUACUGAAAGUGCUGAAUAUAAAGUUUUGCAGGAACACGACGUCGGUUAGUGAAUCGGAUCAAAAAAGUCGAUGAACUGCACCCAACACAAGAGCAUCCCACGUAAGUUUCCGUGCUUUCCCUCCGUCGAAUCAGUCAUGUGAGCAUCCGAAACGGUAUACAAAGAGGGGACGAAAAGAGACGAAGAGGCGUUGUGGACAGUUCUCUUUCCGGGGCUUUCGUGAAUUCUAUUUGAAUUUCAAUCAGUUUCUCUCAAUUUCCUCUCAAAUUCCGUCAUUCGUCCCACUCAGUUUUUCCGAACUGACCUAUUCCGUUGACUUUUCAAAAAAUGGAGUUCCCAGUUUCUAAUGAAUUUUUGCUAGCUAGUAGACAAUUACAGACUAGGAAUGAGCGGAAAAGGUAUAUUAGCUGUUUUCAACAUUUAUAAUUAUUCAUUCUGCUAUUUUAUGUUUUCAGAAUGGGGUCUCACUGGUUAUCAGGAGAGGAACGGUCACGACUCGAAGCCGUUCAACAAGAUUGGCGACGGACAAGACCUAUGAAAGUGGGUCCACAUUCCUUCUCGCUUCUCCAAUCAUUAUCUUUUUCAGUGGGGCACAAAACCUCGGAGGCAGGAAGAUCCGUCUUCUAUCGCCACGAAUGCCUCUCACAGCCUGAAUUCCGAGUUGUCGACGGCUUCUCCCUCUACGUCGCUCGUCAAUUCAUCCUCCCCGAUGGCCGCAGCUGCCACUACGACAGCGUCGGCCACAAUAUCGCACGCAUCUCCACAACACCACCACGCGUCACGGAUACCACAGGCGAUCGGAACCAACGGAACACUUCCUCCGUUGCUCAUCUCCACGACCGCCGCCUCUUCUUGCUCUAACGCCACGAACGCCGGUUCUUCGGCGUCGCCUUCCGGCCAUUCGGCGAGUCCGAUCAACGUGGCUGCAGCAGUGUUGCAGAAUGCAGUAUCCAGUCCGCAACACAGUAUUUUCGACAGGUCUAGGUGAGCGAAUACGGCUGUUUUCAUGAUCCGAUUCACGUUCUUUUCUCCCUCUCUUUCAUUCCGAUGAAUGGUUUGGGCGCACAGAAUACUCGCAUUGUAUUCUGUGUUCUUGAAAUACAGAGGAAUAGAGGACCGAAAACAAAAGUUGACUUUCUGAAGAUGGAAAUGAGAACUUAUUCCUAAUUUCAGGUUAACAAACAAAGUUCCUCCGAACACAUCGAAUGAUCAAUCGGAGAAAGACAAAGGGCCGCGCGGCGGAAUACUGUCCCAGGUACGGACUCUCACGGAAUCGAUGGUCGCCGAAGGACCUCGUACGCUAACAGGAGACGAAGAUAAAGCGGUCAGCGAGGAAGAAAGGGCGCGGAAAGAGCAGGAGAAACGGGAAGAAGAGGAGAAGGCGGCAAGGAAAAUCGACGUCGAGGAUGACUUUGAUGCGCAGGAAAAGCCGAUUGACAAGAGUAAAAGUAGGAAUACGGGCUGGGAUCUCGAAAAAAUCGUUUUCUUCAGACGGACGUUUUCUGAAAUUCGACGAAGAACUGGGUCGCGGUUCGUUCAAAACUGUAUUUCGCGGGUUGGAUACAGAAACGGGAGUAGCUGUCGCGUGGUGCGAACUGCAGGAGAGCAAACUGAACAAGGUGGGUGACCGCUUUCUAAAAUGAAACAAUCCGAAAUGGAUUCAGACGGAACGGCAAAGGUUUCGAGAAGAAGCAGAGAUGCUGAAAGACCUACAGCAUCCGAAUAUUGUGCGGUUUUACGAUUACUGGGAGAGCGCCGAUUUGUGCGGAAAACGGAAAUACAUUGUGCUGGUCACCGAACUGAUGACGUCAGGCACGCUGAAAAUGUACCUGAAACGAUUCAAACGCAUCAACAUCAAGGUAAGAGAGCGAGUGAAAACUACAACGAGAUGGUCAUAACCGCCUUGUGGAGUUUCAGGUAUUGAAGUCGUGGUGUCGGCAGAUUCUGAAAGGUCUGUCGUUCCUGCACACGCGCAAUCCUCCCGUCAUCCAUCGUGAUCUCAAGUGUGAUAACAUCUUCAUCACCGGAACGACGGGCUCUGUGAAAAUCGGAGAUCUCGGAUUGGCGACGCUCAAGAACAAGUCAUUCGCCAAGUCGGUCAUCGGAACUCCAGAGUUCAUGGCUCCAGAAAUGUACGAGGAGAUGUACGAUGAGAGCGUCGAUGUGUACGCGUUCGGAAUGUGUCUACUGGAAAUGGUCACUGGAGAGUAUCCAUAUUCGGAAUGCAUGAAUCCGGCUACGAUCUACAGAAAAGUUAUAUCGGGAGUGAAGCCGGAAUGCUUCUCCCGCAUUCCUGCACAGUAUCCGGAGAUCCGAGAGAUCAUUGAUCGGUGUAUCAGAGUGAGGAGGGAGGAAAGAAGCACUGUCAAACAGCUGCUCGUCGACGACUUCUUCACUCCAGAAGACCUCAUUGGUAUUCGGGUGGAAAUCAAGAACCGAGAUGCCGAUCUGAAUGAUCUGAACGUGGAAAUCCAGAUGCAGUUGAGGGUUUACGACGAGAAGAAACGGAAACAGUACCGAUUCAAGGAGAACGAGGGACUCCAGUUCGCAUUCGACAUCGAGACGGACAGUCCGGAUGAAGUGGUUCAGCAGAUGAUUGAGCAACAGCACAUUCCGGAUGAGGACACACGGAUGAUCACAAAACUGAUAAAGGAUAAGGUUGACGCGUUCCGAAGGGACAGGGAUCAUCGACUUCUGGAGAUCAAACGAGCCAAAGAGGAGGAGGAGAGGAUUCGAGAAGAAGCGGAAAUCAAGGAGGAGUUGCGGUUACGAGCUGAGCAGAAGGAGAAGGAACGGCUAGAGAAGGAAAGAAUCGAGAAGGAGGCCGCUGCAGCUGCUGCCAAUCCUACAGCCGUCCCACAGUCGCAAGCCCCGGUUGCUCCCAUCAACACUUCUGGAGCACCCGCUCCGGCGGCUUCUGCUGGAGCUCCAAGUGUUCCACCGACUCCGGCCACUCCUCACAGUCUUGCCCAACAGUCGAUGACAAUUCCAACAUCCACCGAAUCGCCGUCAACGCAACAGAAUCCCGCAUCUACCACAACUCCAGUCACCAUGAUCUCUGCCAUUCCAGUCAUGUCACCGACCACAGCCCAACCGACGGCUCCGGCUGUGCUGUCCCCGACGACUGCUGCAGCUGUUUCUCCGGCACCCACCACGGUGAUAAACGUUCCGAAACCAGCCGAAGUUGUCUCCACAACCACCAUUCCCGUUCAGAAUCCACAGCCAGCUCCAGUUCAGAAUUCUACUGCUCCACAAGCAUCAGGUUCCGGAGCUGGUGUUACAGUCAACGUGGAGACAACAUUGGUACGCUUUUUCGUCUUGUUAUCUCCAAAAAAUAAUUUUUUCAGGAACCACCAGCAUCAGUGACAGUCAAAACGGAAACGGACCUGCAAACGCCAACAUUGGCUCAGAACACCGUCCCUCGAACCAUCUCGACCGAUUCGACUGGCCUUCAACCAACUGCUCCCGCUUCAAUCGCUUCACCAACUCCAACACCUCUUGCUUCUGCCACGUCGGACGGGAAUGCAUCAACUGUCACACCAGUCACUCCGACGCCGACUCCUACGACGAAUUCCGCCGAUGGAACAAGUUGUGCGGAUAACAAAGAGGAAAAACGGAAGACCAACAAGAAGAAGGUGAUGAUGGAGAUCCUCGGAUGCGACGAAUCCCGCAAUUUCGCCCUUGUCUCGUGCCGUCUCGAUACGUCACACAAGUCGGUGACAUUCCAAUUCGCUCCGGGAACGGAUAAACCAAACACGAUUGCGACUAAGCUGCUGGCUGAAGAUUGCUUGCUCAAAAUUCACGUGCACAUUGUCGAGGCACAAUUGGGAGAGGUUAUCCAGCUGGUGAACACGGAUUCGAAAAAGGGUGUCGGCACGAAGCUCGCCACCGUGCUCGAUCCGAACAGCACUGAGCCGCCGACGAUCACAGCUGUCAUGCCGAAGGAUUCAACUGCCUUUCCGAAGCCAAGAAUCGAAAUUGAAAAGACGCCGCCAGCGGUCGGAAGGGAAGUAUCGCAAGAGCCGAACAAUGUGCAAGUCACUGUAAGUCUCUCCUGUCGGAUUUUCCCGUUUAUCCCUGUCUGAGUUGCAGAAUGUCCGCAAGGUAUCGCAGGAGUCGAAUGCUGAGAGUAUUCAGUCGAUUCCUCGUCCGGCCGAGAUCGUGGUGGCCACGAACAUCAACCAAACGGAGCAGCCAGCAACUCCAGCCCCGCAGCCUGCGAAGCCCUCUCGCUUCCAAGUCACGAAGUCAGCGGAUCCGAUUGCUGCCACUCCGACCACUGUCGUUUCGGCCGCUUCAAUCACCCCAGCCAUCACGUCAGUUCCGCCACCUGCAUCCGAAUCUACGAAUUUCUCCGUCUUCGUCCCGCCUGUUACUUCGACCAUUUCCACUCAUCUGGCCACUCCGUCGCCAAUUUCUCACUCACUGUCAUCAAACUCGUCACCUAGUGCCACAACUCACUCAAACAUGUCGUCGAUCCAAUCGACAACAAGUGUCGCGGGUCGUCGGUUCACAGUCCAGCCGGUCUCGCAGGCUGAGUCCGGCAUCUCUUCCUCCAUCUCGACACCUCAUCCGGAGCCUUCCAUCACUGUUCCGUCGGCGCCUGGGCCGGUUACAAGUAUUCCUCCAGUUGUGUCGACUGCUUCACUCAAUUUGGAAGUGAUUCCUCAGCCGAUUCCGUUGACAAAUGUCACUGUCGACACCCAACCGCCCUCCUCGACCGCUUCAACGGCUACACUUGUAUCGGAGAGUCCUGUUCAGCUUCCCACUUCCGCGUCAGUUCCGAUUGCGGAGCCACUGGUUAUUAACCAGCAACCUGAUGUGCUCACACAGUUGGAAAGCGAGCUGAGAAAAGUAAUUCGUUUCCGUUCUCCAUCAAACAUUGUAUUUUUCUGAUUACAGGUCAGUGGAGUGUCUCAUUCGGCUUCUCCUUCAACCGUUGUCGAGUCGCACACUUCUAUGACACCUCAAACGGUUCCACUAGUCAGUCAGACUGUGCCUGCUUCCGUCGGACAAGCUCCCGGUGUCAUUGCUGCAGCGCACGCCGCCGCAAUCAUUCCAAACGCAAGUGUGCCACAGUCACCGAACCGUCUCGACGCUGAAAGCGGACUGGCCGGGCUGCACGAGCGCCUGGAAGCACUCAAAAUAGAGCAGGAUAGGAGAGAAGACAACGGAGAAGAUACGACCGACGGAAAGGAUGGCAAAGACGAGAUUCCGAUCGAUACCUUAAAGGGAUUGGCUGAAGCUCUCGGAAAAGUGAUCCACACGGACGGAAGGGAAACGACUCCAAUGCCACCGGAUCUGGACUUGACUGACGCGCCAACGGUGAGUAAUUCUGAUUCAGAAUUUUGCAUUUAAACGUAAUAAUAGCCUGACAGAGUAUUGUUUGACAUCUGAGUUCUGAUUUCCUUUCUCUAACCUCUGAUUAAUUUGGUUCUCUCGGUUUAGCAAACGCUCGUCUCACCGCCUAACCCGGAAGCUUCCACGUCUUCUCUUCUCGAUGAAUCGCAUUCAACGACUAUUAUCGAAGACGUGCCGCCAGCAGAUACAACACUCACAGCCACAGUAUCCUCUGCUCCAGAAUCGAUUCCGUUGGCGAUGACGAUGAGUAUGGAUCAGGAUUGUGCCCAGUCGAUGACCUCGUCCAAAACAGAGCUGGAACCUCGCAUGACUCGGAACACAACUGGAACAAAGUUGGCGACAUUCGAGAAUCUGGAGACUGCGUUAUCUUCGACGCUCGGAACCCAUCUGAGGCAGCCGAACGCACCUUCGUCUCGCGAUGAAACGGCUGCUCCGAUGACGCCGAACUGCACAAAUGAACGGAGUGGCGGGGGCGGAGGCACCUCGUUCAGCAUCGGAACUCCGCCGUCGCACAGUCCUUUGCCGGUGUCCGAAUACGAUUACGAUCUGAAGGUAUUCCUCGUUUUCUAGAUAUUCGGUUGCUCGAGCACUUGCAUUGGAAGCUUUUUAUUGAGUUUCACUUGCAUUUGUGUAGAUUCCUGCCCUUGUUAGUUUCACAAAAUCUAGGCAUCGAAUGUUGAUAUGUAAAAUAGAUGGCUGUGAGAAUAUAUGUGCAUUCUCAGCGACAUUCUUUUCAAGGCGAAAAACUGUGAGAAAGUCAUAUGACGAACGAUUUAAAACAGCAUAAAUGGGCUGUACAAUCCCAUUCCGUCUCUUCCAAACCAAGUAAUAUUCGUUUUCUUUCUUAGCAUCCACUAUGUUUCGCCCGCCCGAUCACAUCAAAAUUUCGUUUUUGUUUAGUUUCUUCUGACUUUACGAUCAUAUUUGAUCGCUUCUUUUUACACUCUGUCCCCUGCAUAUGUUGACGGAAAAGAGAGAGAGGGAGAGAGAGAGAGAGAGGUCAUGAAAAAGGUUCCAUGGGUUUUAUUCGCAGAUUCACCCGCAGGAGAGCACUCCUUUAUCAUUCUGGUUUCAGAGUCAAAUGGACUUGGAAGGAGAGGAUCCGGAGGUGAUUCAAAUGAUUGUUCGGUGCGUUUCUUAUCAUUUAGACAUAUGGACUACUUUAUUUUUUCAGUCACCGAAUGGAACAACACAAGCUUCUCGAGAAACAGCGCGUCGAGAUCGAACGUCUCCGUUCCAAACUGCGCGUGUCUCGUGCCACUUCGGUCCAUCCGGAUAUGGUCGACGGCGAUGCGGACGACGCGGACACGACCAUCUCUUCCCAUCCGACUGCGAUGACGACCGCUUCGUUAUCGUUGCCGGCUAGUCCUCCGCCCAACGUUGAGGUAAGCUUCGGGCAAUCAGUACCUUUAAGAUGGCAUCCAUCGUUUUCAUAUUCGUCCUUGCUAAAUCUCCACCAGAUUCCAGGUAACAAAGACGGGCGGAACUGCAGACGCGUUGGCGACCCGGAUGACAAUGUCUCAAUCAUCGACCAAAUCAAGCGGCGUCUCGGCUUCCUCCCGACUCCGGGACAAUCAAUCGGCUCCUCCGCCACGUCAUCACCACCAGCACCACCACUCAUCCUCCGGUCACCAUCACCAUCAUCAUCCUACGUCCGGAGCCUCUCUUCCACCACCUCCAGUGCCCUCAUCUCACCAGGCGCCACCUCCUCCGGCUGCUUCUCAGCAACAGAUUCCGCCGGCCUAA